AUGAUGCGUUUUAGUCGGUGUUUAGGGGCUCCUGUCUUUUGCCGUAUUAUUGAUGUUAUGCGGCAAAACGAGCCGUAUGCCCGACCAGGGAUUUUGUAUCCCAUUCGUGUGGAACUGGGAAAUAAUGUGGAGAAGUGCACAUCUCGUGAGCUGCAGGAAAUAAUUGACAAUAUGCUUUCUCGUUCCCAACGCUUUGCAACUGUGAAGACGGGAAUGGUUUACAACUCAGAUCAAUCCGUGGCGACAGAAAUUAAAGCAUAUGGGCGCUAUGUAGUCACGGGCAACAUGCGUGGUGGAUAUAUUAAAGGUGAUCACCGUUUUGGGCCGCGUUUGACUGGUUACGGGGGUGCCACGACGAAGCCGGGACUGCGAUGGAAUGGAGAUGACCUAUGA